UGCGGAAAGUAUUUAAGGGCCAUAUCAGUGGACGAGAUAUGAUUUCCUGGUGCUGCCUAUGACUUUUCCUUAUGGAGGAAUGGAGAAUCCUAAUAUGACCUUUUUGUCGCCUACUUUACUGACAGGAGAUAGAUCUAUGGUGUCUGUUUUGGCACAUGAAAUUACUCAUUCGUGGACUGGCAAUCUGGUAACAACCGUCUCAUGGGAGCACUUCUGGCUGAACGAAGGCUGGACCAGAUUCAUUGAGGAUAAAAUAAAAGCGGUAAUGGAAAAAGAUGAAACAUAUCGCAAGUUUCUGUUGAACAAGGAGCAAAAACACCUGAACGAUAGUCUCGAAGAGUUUGAAAGGUUGCAGAAACCAGAAUUGACAGCAUUGGUUCCAAAUUUGACCAAUCGCGACCCAGAAGAUGCUUUCUCAACAGUGCCUUAUGAAAAAGGAUGCAUGCUGCUAACCUAUGUUGAAAGUUUAGUCGGCGGACCCGAAGCUUUUGCGCCAUAUAUCAAAAACUACGUGGAGACUUUCAAAGAUACACCAAUCAGGACCAAAGCGUGGCUGGAGCAUCUUAUAAAGUACUUUCCAGCUAAAGCUGACAUCUUAAAAGCACAACCCUGGGACCAGAUUUUUACAAGUCCUGGAAAAAGUGUUGUAUCAAUUGAUUUGGAUAAUCCGUUGACUAAUAAAUGCAAAAAAGUUGUUCAAAAAUGGAUAGAAGCCUCCACUGCUGAAGAUUACGAUAGAAUCGUUGCCGAAUAUCCGGACCUGAAAACGUGGAGUCAGGACUUGAAAAUUGCAAUUUUGGGCACUUUGAGAGAACAUGAAUUGAUUUGGCCGGAGGACAAGUUUGAAAAAUUGACUGGACAAUUUGAACUGAGAGACACGAAUAACAUUGAACUGCGGACCCCUUGGAUAAGAAUGGGCCUCAAAAGUGGGAUCGAUUCCUCCAUCGAACCGGCACUGGAACUGGUGAAAACAUGCGGGCGAAUGAAGUUCCUCCGACCUGUGUACGUGUCGCUCUAUGAAAACGAGAGUUCUCGGCAGAGGGCGAUCGACACUUUCCUGAGUAUGAAACAGUACAUGAGCCCUAUUUCAGCUGAUUGGGUCGCGAUUGACCUGAAGUUGAAAAGUGAGCAGGCCUAAAAUAAAUAUGAAUUAACAACUGUCUUCAACUGGAUUUUGGUUUCUGAACUGAUUCAUCGUGUUAUCAUUACUUCAAGUAAAUAAACAUAUUUUGUAAUUGGAUUUUUUUUGCUAAAUGCUAUAUGAUUUUAAUGGUGCUGUAUUAAUCAGAUCGUUUUUUUGUACUUCCAUUACUUGGAGUAUUGUAUAAUUUUACCCGCCUGAAUUGUUGCAUUAAUUUUUACCAAGCUUUGCUAAUAAAGUACGUUUUGGGGGCGAAAAAAUGACUUCAACCGAACAAUUUAGUCAUUUUAUUGACAAUAAAAUCUAAUAUUAGAAGUUUGUUGAAUUUCGGUUGCAAAUAAAUUACAUUCCAUCAUUGAGCAUAAUGUUGUUUAAAUUGAUUUAAGUGUCUUUUAGCAUAAAUCUGUACAAAC